AUGGGGAGCCGCUUCUCCAGCAUCCCCGCGCUGCCCCGCGGCGGCCAGGGCCGCCUGCACCGCGCCCGCCACCACCACCUCAAAGAUUCCAUAGGUGGGUCAUUUUCGGCUUCUUCCCACCGAUGCCACCACAAGCAGAAGCACUGUCUCCCCAUCCCACAGUGUGGAGCUCUGUCCAUCAGUCCUCUGCUUUUCCAUCCUCACACGAAGGGAUCCCAGAUCAUCAUGGACACGACGCAGAAGGCAGUGAAGCGCCAGGCUAGCUUCUGCAAUGCCAUUACCUUCAGCAACAGGCCCAUCGUUAUUUAUGAGCAAGUCAGGCUUAAGAUCACUAAAAAACAGUGUUGCUGGAGUGGGGCUCUUCGACUCGGGUUUACUUCCAAGGAUCCAUCGAGGAUUAACCCUGACACUCUGCCGAAGUACGCGUGCCCCGACUUGGUUUCCCAAAGCGGUUUUUGGGCCAAGGCUCUGCCAGAAGAGUUUGCAAAUGAAGGAAACAUCAUAGCCUUCUGGGUGGACAAGAAAGGACGGGUUUUCUAUCGGGUGAAUGACUCCGCUGCAAUGCUCUUCUUCAGUGGGGUGAGGACGGCAGAGCCCCUCUGGGCUUUGAUCGACGUCUACGGACUCACCCGCGGAGUGCAGCUCUUAGACAGUGAAAUCAUUCCUCCUGACUGCCUGCGGCCCCGCUCCUUCACUGCCAUCCGCCGGCCCUCCCUGCGUCGGGAGACGGAGGACACGCGCCUCUCAGUCAGCCUGUGUGACCUCAACCUUCAGGAGGAGGCCUUCCAUGUGACGGCCACCACGUGUCCCAUCCCGCAGAACUCCCUCAACUCCCAGCACUCCCACCUCCUCCCCUCCCAGCUGGAGAGCGACCUCCGCUUCCACCAUCUCCGAGGACCCCACGUCAAAAUCCUCGAUGACCAAACCGUGGCCCGUCUGGAGCACGCCCGGGAGGAGAGGACUUUGGUUUUCACCAGCAGACCCCUUCGGAUCAAUGAAACCAUUUUCGUCAAAAUCAACAAGUCCAAUGCCGUGCGCACAGGGACACUGUCCUAUGGGGUGACGUCCUGCGACCCCAGCACCUUGCGCCCCAGCGACCUCCCCUAUAACCCUGAGUCCUUGGUCGACCGAAAGGAGUUCUGGGCCAUCUGCCGAGUCGUGGUGCCCCUCCAGAGCGGAGACAUCCUGGGAUUUAUGGUGAAUACUGAUGGUGAGCUGCACUUGAGUCACAACGGUGCCGGCACUGGCAUGCAGGUCUGCGUGGACUGUUCCCAGCCCCUCUGGAUGUUCUUCGUUUUACAUGGCGCGGUCAUGCAAAUUCGAUUGUUGGGUUCCACCAUAUUAGCCGAGCGGCUGGGGCUGUCCACACCAAGCUCGCCCACAUCGACACCCAAUUCCCCCACCAUCCUCUGCAGCGGUGUCUCUGACCCCAUAUUGUCUACAUGUGGCUCUGGCCCCCUCUGCAGCUCUAUCAGUGGCACAGCUCCCAACUCUCCCAUCAGCUUACCUGAGUCACCCGUCUCCCCAUCCGUCUCAGGGCCCUGGGGAGAUGAAUGCACCAUCUGCUACGAGAACAUGGUAGACACGGUCAUUUACUCCUGUGGACACAUGUGUCUCUGCUAUUCGUGUGGGCUGAAGCUCAAGAAGAUGGCCAACGCUUGCUGCCCCAUUUGCAGACGGGCCAUCAAAGAUAUCAUCAAAACAUACCGCAGCACUUAG